AGAGAGGAGCCUGGCAGGUAGCAGGUCACACUGCAGGCCAGUCAACUCGAGACGAUCUCGUACCACGCCGCAUCAGCCCCAGGACACAGGACACGUGCGCCCCUCCAAAGCGAAGUCUCGCCCUUCAAGAAAGUCUACCUCAGAAUUCGCCCCUGACGUUCCCACAGGGGAGUAUAGAGUCCGCCCUCCCCGAAUGGCUAUAUAGUCCUCGUUGGGACCACAAAGACUUCCGGUCUACAGCGGAGGCCUGGCUAGCUUUCCUCCCUCUUCGUUGGCCGCUCGUAGCUUCUAGUCUAGGUCUGAGUUAAAACAAAGAGGCGGGUUUGGUGACGAGCUUCCGCCGGGUUGCGUAGCAGCGGUGGGCGGGGCAAGAGACUGUCUCAACAGCUCCGAGUGGUUGGAAGCUUUCUCCCUCUUCUUCCCUUCCCCUUCCCCUCCCAGGAAAGGCUGAGACACCGCACCGGGGCUGUCCCGUGGCCGCUGCGGCCUCAGCUACAGCCCGGCUGGGGUACGGAAAGUCCAGGCCGCUUCCAGGGCGAGUGCUCCUGAUUGUGACAUCACAUCCAUCCCUUUGGUGAUAGAACUUACUCUGGGAAGGAAGACUCAGUUGGAGAAUAGCCAACAAGAUGGGUUACUGGGAGCCUCUCCUGAGUGGCACUGAGUGGAGGCAUCAGGGGGUUGGAGCCUUGUGAACAGGGAACCUGCCCCCCAACACUUGGAAGGCCCUGGGUUUCAGUGAUGAGACAUGGGGUAUGAUGUAACCCGCUUCCAGGGGGAUGUUGAUGAAGAUCUUAUCUGUCCUAUUUGCAGUGGAGUCUUGGAGGAGCCAGUCCAGGCACCUCAUUGCGAGCAUGCUUUCUGCAAUGCCUGUAUCACCCAGUGGUUCUCUCAGCAGCAGACGUGUCCGGUGGACCGUAGCGUAGUGACGGUUGCCCACCUACGCCCAGUACCUCGGAUCAUGCGGAACAUGUUGUCAAAGCUGCAGAUUGCCUGCGACAACGCUGUGUUUGGCUGCAGUGCUGUUGUCCGGCUUGACAACCUAAUGUCUCACCUCAGCGACUGUGAGCACAACCCAAAACGGCCUGUGACCUGUGAACAGGGCUGCGGCCUGGAGAUGCCCAAAGAUGAGCUGCCAAACCACAACUGCAUUAAGCAUCUGCGCUCAGUGGUACAGCAGCAGCAGACACGCAUCGCAGAGCUGGAGAAGACCUCAGCUGAACACAAACACCAGCUGGCAGAGCAGAAGCGAGACAUUCAGCUGCUGAAGGCAUACAUGCGUGCAAUCCGCAGUGUCAACCCCAACCUUCAGAACUUGGAGGAGACUAUUGAAUACAAUGAGAUCCUAGAGUGGGUGAACUCCCUGCAGCCAGCCAGAGUGACCCGCUGGGGAGGGAUGAUCUCCACCCCGGACGCUGUACUCCAGGCUGUGAUCAAGCGCUCCCUGGUGGAGAGUGGCUGUCCUGCCUCCAUUGUCAACGAGCUGAUAGAAAAUGCCCACGAGCGAAGCUGGCCCCAAGGUCUGGCCACACUAGAGACAAGACAGAUGAACCGGCGGUACUAUGAGAACUAUGUGGCCAAGCGCAUCCCCGGCAAGCAGGCUGUUGUGGUGAUGGCCUGUGAGAACCAGCAUAUGGGUGACGACAUGGUGCAGGAGCCGGGGCUGGUCAUGAUAUUUGCACAUGGCGUGGAAGAGAUAUAGAUUUUGGCGGGCUGGCAAAAAGAUGGAAAUCAGAAAAUCUCAUCACUCCAGUAGCUGAGCCCUGAGUCCUCCCCACUGUCCUUAACACUGUGGCUGGUACUUGAGCCACCUCUCCCUGCUCUUCUGGCACUGAAGGGCCCUGGAACACUUUGCUCAGCCUUUCAGGUGGGAAACCCAGGUUCCCUUCUUUUGCCUAAUUUCUUCCCCUCAGAUGUCUGUAAAUUUUCAGUCUGGGGAGGAAAGUCCCCAUCUCUCUAUGUUUUCCUGCCUGGGGUCCCUGGUUCCAGACAUUUUCAGAAAGCACAAAGGUAUUCCUUUUCUCCCCAGAGUAUCGGGGUAGAGCCAGAAACCUUGAAUUGUUCCGCUUCUUCAAAACCAGGGAAUUGAGCAGGCAGGCCUAUUGGCUCUCAGCACUUAGAGGGCUGCUCUGGGGAGCAGACAUCCUGAAGAAGCAGUAAGGAGGAAACCCAAACCCUAGAAAUAACAAGCCAGUAACUAGCCGUGACUCAUCGAUGGCCCUUAGGGGAAGACUGGACCUCUGUGCCAAGCAAUACCUUGUUCGGCCCACCUUAAAGGUGCAGGCUGCCACUGGGUCUGCGUGUGUGCAAGCUGGGAUGCCGAAAAUUCCCAGAUGAACUCUCCUUGCCUACACUUCCUCUUAAUUAGGGAAUGACAGGAAUGGGGGUAGGGGUUAGUCUGUUGGGGUGAAUAUGCUCAGCAAGAAGCAGCACCCUGGCUUUUGCUGAAAUCAGGUAGGCAAGUGCCUCUUGUGGCACAGGCUGACAGUUCCACUGCCCCUCCAGCCCUGAGAUUGUAACCGGUUAUGCUGAUAAUUUCCUUUGGCCAUUGUUUGUUUAUAUUUCACUCACCCCUUCCCACUUUUU